UUCCGCUUUUUAUUUACUUAAAAUGAAUUUUCAUAUCGUGAUAAUAACGCUAACCUAUUUUGUCGCUUCAGAAGGGAAACUUCGAUCCGAAAGUACAGAUAUAUCUGAUGGUGACAGCAAACAACAACUUUCGGUGGACGAAGACUCAACUGAGUCAGAUUCUGAAGAAGAAAUAACUAAGAGAAGUCAUGUCCAUAAGCAUCUUCCUAGAGCAGAGUUAGAAACGCGGCGCUGGCAUCGAAGCUGUUUCCGAAAAGCGGGGAAAACGUGCACUAAAGCUUGUUCAAAGGCCUUUAAGCUGGUGUGCAAGAAGCGAAAAUGCUCAAAACGGUUUAAGAAGGUCAUGAAGAAAGAAUGCAGGAAAAGCUGUAUCAAGAACUUCGAGUUUGACAAGGAGAGACCGGGCUACGAAGAAUAGUCG